AUGCUGUUGUACAAAGACAUCUUAACUGGGGACGAGAUGUUCUCUGAUGCAUUUCCAGUUAAAACAGUCGACGACAUCGUCUACGAGGUCGACUGUCAAGUUAUUACCGUGAAGCCAGGUGCUGAUGUGGACAUCGGCGCAAAUCCGUCUGCCGAGGAGCAAGCUGAAGCCUUGGAAGAGGGUUCCUCUCAAGUGAACAACGUCAUUCACUCUUUCCGACUCGAAUCGACCGUUUUCGAUAAGAAUAGUUUCAGAGCUUACCUCAAGGCUUACAUGCAAGCCGUAAAAGCGACGCUAGUCAAGACAAAACCUGACCGGGUUCCGGACUUCGAAAAGGGUGCAUCGGCUUAUGCCAAAAAGAUUGUUGCAAACUUCAAGAACUAUGAAUUUUACACUGGGGAGUCAAGGAACCCUGAUGGCAUGGUAGCACUGCUCAAUUAUAGGGAGGAUGGAAUAACACCCUACUUCACAUUCUGGAAGGAUGGUCUCGAACAAGUCAAGCUGUAG